GUAACUACUUACAGGCCAUCGUGGACCGAAGAGGCCGCCUUUGCCCUCUGCGCAGCGUGUCACACAUACCUGUCGUAUCAUCCGAUGACUCACCCUUGACCGUCUUGAAUACGAUGCGCCGCCCGACGCUCGCUCUGCACACCUCUUUCGUUCCUUUCCAAACAACUCUUGAUCACCUCUCACCUGCAACCGGCGACGGACACCAUGGCUACAGACGUAUAUCAAGAAGCCGACGACCUCGAUGGUCUCUUCGGUGAUGACGAGGAACUGCCAGACUUUACCGCAGGCACGCCCCUCGACCAGAGUUUCAGUCUGCCUGCCGAGGCCAACGAUGAACUGAGCGCGCUUCUGAAUGAAGCUGGUGGGGGUGGGGAGGGCCUGAACUGGGAUGAGUUGAAUUCAAGAGAGUUGGAACAGGGAGACAAGGCAGAUGACGCUGUGGACUACGAAGAUAUUGGUGAUGACGACCUGCUGCCAGACGAGGAGACGACCCAAGAUGCCUCCGCCGAGAUCCCUUCAGACAUGCUGCCUGGCAUCGAGGACAGUGCCAUGGACGGUCUUGACGAUGACGAUUUGUUUGGACCAUCUAGUCCCAUCCUGACCGCACACGAGCCUCAGCCUGUAGUAGCACCCUCGAAACCUGUGGAGAAGCCGGUACGGGAUGCAGAUCAAGAGUCGGAUCUUGCAUCAGAACACGACGAUGAUGCUAUGCAAGAUAUCUCCAUGCUUCAGCCAGAAGUGGACGAGAUUGAAGAUGCUCAAUACCGCAUACAAUUGGCUCUGUUCGCACAGUCCGGCAAAGGCGUGGCCCCCAUGACCGAACAAGAAAACAUCGAUGAAUGGUUGAAGCUGGAAUUUCCACGUCUCAAGCGGGAGGAAGCGCCUUACUUCAACCAGCUAUUCCCACCAAGACCGCAUAAUUGGCCGGCCAAAGUGCCUCCAAAGCCACCCAAGCCAGUGCGUCCUACAAAAGUCAACCUGGAGAUUGAGCAAGAUCAGAAGACGGCCUUCAACUCGCUUAUACCGGCAGUGGAACCUGAGCUUGCCUCGGACCUAGUUCGAACGCGGGAACCCGCGCCCGUGGAGGAGGUUGAAGAAUCCUCCGAGGAAUCCGACCUUGACGAACCCCUCCCUAAUGGCCUGUCGAUGCGCGAUUUGGAGUUCAUUUGCACAGACUUCGACACCCUUUCUCACAUUGCAGCCUCGGAUGAUGAGGUACACGAGAUUAGGCCUCGGGUUGUUGAUGGUGACGAUGAUGUGUUUGGCUUUGGCGACUUUAACGAUUUCGAGCAACCCCACAAGAAGCGUCGUGUCGGUCUUGAUCCUCGUGAUAUCGUCCAGGUUCACCAGAUUGAUAUACCCUCUUUUGACGAUUUCGAGACGAAGACUGCCAAACUCGCUGCCAAGGUUGUGCUCGACUUGAACGACUCCGACUUACUGGUGGAAGAAGUCGAUCCAGAGGCUCUAAAGGCCAAGGCCCGUCCUGGUGAGAAGACGACGAGAGUCCAGACACUGAAAGAUCGUUUACAACAACGUUUCAAGACGUCCAACGACGCCGAAUAUGACCUCUUGAAACAAAAUCACCAACACAAGGUUCGAGGACAACUGACAAAUAUGAAUAUUGAGCACUCAAUACCUGCUGUCCGACUACAAUAUCCCUAUUUCCAAGUGCGACUGCCUCUGCAGGAGCUCCGGAAUUUCCAUCGAAAGAAGAUGCAUUUCAAGUAUCCAAUCACUUUCUCCCAGCCGGCCAAGAUCAAGCGAAAGCACCAAAAGGGGCGAGCUACAAAAGAACUCUUCGGUACCACGAAAGACAUUUCUAUGGCUGAUAACUCUGCAACAUUACUCCUUGAGUACUCCGAAGAACAUCCUCUCAUGCUAUCACAGACGGGUAUGGGGAACAAAGUUGUCAACUACUACAGAAGACGGACGAAAGACGAUACAGCUAGACCGAAAAGUGACAUUGGUGAGACUGCGGUUCUGUUACCAGAGGACAAAUCGCCUUUCUACAUCUUUGGCCAAAUUGACCCGGGCGAGACGAUUGCGGCGCUUUACAACUCCAUGUACAGGGCGCCAAUCUUCCAACAGGACGCCAACACCCAAGACUUCUUAGUGAUCAGAGAGACCACUGGGACAGGAGGACAGAAUCACUAUCUUCGGACUCUUGAGAAUGUUUAUGUGGUCGGCCAGGAACUUCCAUCGACUACGGUUCCGGGCACUCAUUCUCGUAUGGUUACUACCGCCGCCAAAAAUCGGCUAAAGGCAAUCUCUUUUCGUAUUGCUCGUCGAAAGAAGACCCAUCGCAUUCGUGUCGAAGAAGUUACACGACACUUUCCAGACACCACUGAUAUGCAGAACCGUCAGAAGAUGAAAGAAUUCAUGGUCUUUAACAAAGAACAUAAGGAAUGGGAGAUGAAGCCUGGUGAGACGGUCCCGGAGGAAGAAACGAUCCAAAGUCUCAUUCGACCCGAGGAUUUAUGUUUGCUCGAGUCCAUGCAGGUUGGUGCACAAUAUCUGCAAGAUUCUGGGUAUGCCGACAACGACGAAGAAGAUGACGCUAAGGACGGCAACGACAACGAUAGCAUCGAGCAGCAGCUGGCGCCUUGGAGAACUACCAAGAACUUCAUUCAGGCAACUCAGGGCAAAGCAAUGUUGAAAUUGUUCGGCGAGGGCGACCCCUCUGGCCGUGGCGAAGCUUUCUCCUUCAUCAAGACGAGCAUGAAAGGCGGGUUCAGGCCCAUAGGAGGGUCGGCUCAAGAUGCAAUUACUCUAAAGAAAGAACUGGGCGGGCACAGCUACAAUGUCGCUCGCCAGCAGAGGUCUUACGAAGAGUCGAUACAUAACAUUUGGGACAGGCAAAAAGCGAGCUUAGGCUCGAAGAUUGAGCCUUCGGACCUGGACAUGGAUGGUGAUGUGGACGGCCAAGAGGAUGGUUACCCUGGUCGAGCGAAUCCGAGAGCAACACCGAUGUCAGGGACUCAAACCCCAGCAACGACGCGACGUAGGGACGACGAGACCGCCACAUCAUUCAGUAGACGAAGUGUCGGCAGUCAGAGUCAGAGAGUGCUGCGAAUCGUUCGCACAGUCAUGCAAGAUGGGGAGCGCGUUGAGCAAGAAUACGUUGAGACGGAUCCAGCCGUGAUCAAGCAGUACAUGAAGAUCAAGGAGCAGGAAGAGCUGCAGUCUAUCAGUCUGAGUGAAGUCGCCCCCACUGGCGACGCCGAGUACGACGCCCGGCAGCGGAAACGGAUCGAAGAAGAGCUCGCCAAACUCGAGAAAAAUGCAGCUCGGCGGAAACAGCGUACCAAGAAAAAGGACACCCUUGCCGCGACCUCACCAGGCGGUACAGCGAUGUCUCCCGACGCUGACGGAGCCGGUGGUGGCAAGAACACGCAACCCACGCAACGCAAAUGUGCCAACUGUGGUCAAGUCGGCCAUAUUAAAACCAACAAAAAAUUAUGCCCCUUGCUCAACGGCACGAUCAAGCAAGAAGACGGUUACAACAAUGCGGCCUUCAUGGGCGCGCCACCAACGAUGUCCUGAUGCCACUGAAACAUAGCACGAAGUGAUGGCGUGUAAAGGGCAUGGAAGAGGGGUGGCCCUGACGGUUUAUGCCAACGUGGACGUUUGCCGUUAUGGCAUCACUAAGAGCCAUAUGUCGCAGCCUCCUAAGUUGGGCCGGCUGUCCUGUUCUCGCAGAUGCAGGACCAUGAAGUGUCACACUCGCUGAGCAUAAACAUGAAUAAGCAAUUCUCA